GUGCUGCACGGCGAGGUAGCGUCUAGCUUGUCGCUCUUCUCUUGAUCUCAACGCACAUUCUGUAACGCAGAGUGAGGAGAGAACUGUUACUGCCUUAGCCACCGUCAGACGAGGAUUUCGAAUACCCUAACCACGCCUUUUCCGUCUUCGCCUACUCCCGUCCCUAACCACGCACCUACUAUCGCGCAUUGACGCUUAGACCAGCUGUCGCUCUAGUCCCCUCGUACCUCCCUUCCGCUUGCUCCCAAAUAUUAGAUCCACCCUCGUCUCCUGUCACCUAUCCCGCCACCAGCCAUGUCCACAGCAGCCGUCGGGCCGGCGCCGUUUUUGCCGUCGGGCCUCGCGUCCGCGGAUCCGGCGGCGGGAAAGACGGGGCUAGAAGGCUUGGCGCCGGUGGAAGGGCUGGGGUGCCUGACGCCGGAUAAUUUCAUGGUGGCGUGUGGCGACCUCGUGCUCACCGACCACCAGAAGGCGGUCGUCGCGGAGGCGCGCGAGUUGAUCGCCAAAAGCGGGACCUCCACGGAUGACGUGGACGACCGCACCAUCAUGCGCUUCCUCGCCGCGCGCGCUCUGGCCCCCGCGAAGGCCGCGCCGAUGUACGUGGCGCACCGCAAGUGGCGCGCGGCGUACGUGCCCGAGGGCCCCACGGUGCCGCUCGACAGCAUCCGCGCGCAGAUCGCGAGCGACCUCAUGUGCCUGCAGACGCUGCCCGGCCACGUGUCAUGGCUCGUCAUCCGCCCGCGCUUCCACGACCCCAACACGCGCAACCUAGACGAGUUCGUCCGGCUCAUAGUGUACGCCAUGGACACGGCACUCGGCAGCUGCCAGGCGGCGAACUACCACAAGUGCGGCGUGAUCAUCGACAUGGAGGGGUUGGCGUACCGCAACCUGGACACCAGAGGCGUGCUGGCUAUCAUAGCCAUCCUGCAGAACCAGUACCCCGAGCGGCUGGUGUGCCUGUUCCUGAUCCACGUGCCGACGGUGUUCUGGACGCUGUGGAAGCUGGUGUCGCCCUUCAUCGACCCCAUCACCAAGAAGAAGUUUCGGUUUUUGGAGGACAAGGCAAUUCAGGAAACGCUGCUAGCAGCCAUUCCUCGGAAACAGCUGCCUAGCCGCUAUGGCGGAGAGGGGGAGUUCACUCCCAUUCGCAACGUCCAAGGGGACGCCUGGCCCUCCAAUACCGAGUGACGCUUGUUAUAGUCACGGCUCGCUCUGCACCUGCUUCUCUCUUCACAGUCACACCUCGCUACAGUCAGUCCUCAGGACCCACACCCCUUAGGGUGACAUGAUGGUGCGAUAUACUUACUAGUUUCUACGUUCCCCCAACUUCCUCCCCCAACCUCCCCCCCCACCUCCUCCCCCCUACACACUGCGGCAAAGGAGAAUCUUGGCUGGGCCAUGAGAGUCCAUGAUCCAUCCUUCCCUUGCUGAGCAGGCUUGCUUGGAAGUCUUGUAAAAAAGCUGUGUGUGAUCGAUGAUGCAUGAUUUAUUUAUCCCUUACAAUGGUACACUUGCAUGCAAUGCAAUCCUUGGUAAAGACACGGCAGCUUGUGUUUCAAGUUUCAACAACUGCAGUUGGAAUGGC